GGCCAGUUGCUUCUGGAAACCUUCGAAUUUUGUCUUGAACCUUCCAAAGACAAGCCACCCAUGUCUACAGUACGAGAGGAAGAACAUUGUGAGGGAAGUAACGAUAAAGCUUGGGAAACCGAUGGAUGCAAGAUGGAUGCGCGAGCUGCUCCGUCAAUCCAGCCGGUCGAUGAAUCAUCUGAAACGCCUGAAUCAUACGUUUUGCCACCGCCAGGCUACGACAUUGAUCAAUUAAACCACCAUAUUGGCCUCCAAGAUUUUAGAAGAGGUCUUCAACUUACCGCCAAUGCUAUAUUUUCGGGCACUGGGGAUCGAAGAUCCAGAUAUACCAAGGUUUCGGCAAUCCUCCUAUCCUGGGCGGAUGAGGACCCCAACCUUCCUGUAUCCUUAGAGAUAGGAGCUUUAAGCGAUGUGUUUAUCAACUUGUAUGGGUUUGAGGUUGAGGAAUGGAAAAUUCCCGAUGUGAAUAGUCAUACAGCUCUUAACCUCAAGAUCCUGCAGUUCCUGGACGACAACGAUACUAAACACCUCAAAAUCGUCUACUACGCUGGCCACGGCAAGUUGAGCAACCAUGGGCAGGCGAUAUGGACAAGUUACCGGAACAGCAAACGUGACCGACAACCUACCGUCAAGUGGUCGGGUAUUCAAAAUGCGUUGGAGGAAUCUCAAUCCGAUGUUUUGGUGCUUCUAGACUGCUGUGCCUCUGGCCUAAGCAACACCGAUGAAGGCAACGGUGUCACCGAGCUCCUUGCCGCAUGCGCGUUCAAUAAUUCUGCCAACGGAGUUGGGCCGUUCUCAUUCACCCACGCACUCGUUUCACAAUUACGAGCCCUGCUCAACAAGCCUUCAUUUACAGUUGGAUACUUGUAUAAUCUCCUCUUCACGGAAGUUCAAGGGCUACCGGUGAAGGCUGCCGAGUUUAGAAAGCCUCCAGUUCAUUUGGUACUAACCCAAGAUCAUCGACUUCCUCGAAGUAUAACAUUAUUAUCUAAGCGUCUACCGAUAAAAGAUACCUCAUACGGGCCUGGGUUGAUAGAAACUACCUAUCAUUGUGGCCACAACACGAACUUUUCUGUGGGAUCAGGGAGCACGCUAGAAGAGAGUGUAGCAGCUUCAAGUAAUCAUCUAUCUAACAGCGAUGUCGCUUCAUCAAUGACUUCGGUGUCACAACUUCCAGAAUACCCGAGACUUCUCUUCAGUAUACGUAUCAGCGAAGACAUAAAACCAGGCGACUUAUCUACUGAACUUUUAGCGGAUUGGUUGUCAACACUCCCAGUAGAAGCGAAGUCUGUCAGGGUAGAAGCUGGUUUUGCUAGUGACUCAACGCUCCUGAUCGUUUCUAUGCCGAUUGCUAUGUUGGGGUAUUUGCCGUAUGACCCGGCCAUCACUCUGAUCGGAGCCGCAAGAUCGAACAAUCAAAUUUCUGUCGAGAACAAAGUUACAGAAGCAGAAGCUACGCUAACAAGACAGGAUAAGAAAAAUAGUGAUCUGCUUGACAAAGAAAGAGAACUAGAACUUGUCAAAAUCAAGACACAGAAUGAAAAUCCGAGCGCAACCACGCCGAAGUUGGCUAGUGUUGAGCCCUUUGCUCGUUGGCACUCAACAGAGUCCCUUAAGACUUCUAAAUUGGCAGCAACAACUGCCGAUUUCAACCAGGCCAUGGAAAUUUGGGAUGACCAUCUUGGAAAAAUCAAGUCAUCUUCUCAGUUGAAUAGCAUCUACAACAAAUGGCCAAUGACGAAACUAGAAGUUAUUGCAAAGAGUGUAUUUACGGCUUAUAGACUUAGGCAGCAAAAUGAGGAUGCAGAUCUAUUAACCCCGGGAGUUGGAAAAAUGGAAGUCGACUCUUCAGGAAUGUCUUUCAACAAAAAGGGGCAAGAAGACUUCAAAGGCACCACCCUUCCAACCGAAAUACCACUUCGUCGAAUUGAUAAUCUUCCGUGUGAGAAGUGUGCGCAGGACGGGAGCGAUUGUGAUCCUUCGCUGAGUUGCAAAUUGUGUGAGAUGGCGGGUGAAAAUUGCCUCAGAUAUUAUGCUAUAUCAGAAAGCGAGAGAAGAUACGUAUCCUCCUUGCGAGCACAAGCCAUGUCUCUCGAGAAGACUUUGACAGAUAGAUAUCGCAAGUCCACUUAUGAGAUGGUGGGGCCGAUAUUGGCCGCCUGGGAGCCAUCUUCGAGACUUCGAAGGAACCCAUCUUACCGCAAAUCGUUUCUAGUAUCUUGAUUAUUGAUUAUAUUCAGUUUCCAAGCUAGCUAUUGGUCUCUAGUCGUCUUUAGUGUUGUCAAUUCUUUCUCAGUUAUAUUCGACUUCUUUUUCUAUGGAAUAUUAUAAGUCUUUCAGUC